AUGGAUUCUGGCCAAUUUCAAACGUCUAAAAUGGAUAUCAAUGAACUUGCUGAGAGUUACAGCAGAAUUGAAGACUUUGAAAAAAGAGUCGCUCAAUGUGAAAAAGCUAUUCAAAUGCAGAGUUAUUUAUCUAAAAUCAAAAAGGACCAACAAGAAGCUAGAUUUCUUGAAAGCAACCGAAAAUUUGGUGAAUUUCACAAAAGAUUAAAAAGGAUUGAAGAAAAUAUGUACAAAACUCUUCUUGAUGUAGGUUUAAAGCUUACUCUCACGGAGUAAAAUUAAUUUUUUUUUAAAAAAUAAUUUUAUUAAAAAAUUUUUGUUAUUUACGGAGGUAAGUUUUUGGGCAAAAAAUAGGGAUUUUCAAUGGUUUUGUCCACUCACUGAGAGAAGGAGUUUAGUAAACAUGAUAAUGAACUUCUAGAAGCACAAAAAAUAAGUGAAAUAAAGGAUGAUAUUGAGGAAAUAAAAUAUUAUGAGGUAUACUGAAUUUAUUGGCAUUUUAUUAAUCCUUACUUAAGAGCACAAUAGAUUUAAAUAUGGAAUAUAAAUUUAAAUCAGAUGAUCCUUUUACUCGAUUAGACUCUGACAUUGGAGAUAAAAUUAAAAAUGUAGCAGAAACAAUGAAAGAGUUUAGAGGAGAAAUAGAGGAUUAUGAUAGGAAAAUAGCAAGGCUCAAAGAAAAGAUUAAAAAUAUAAAAGACAAUACUCAGGAAGGAUUAUUGAGAAAAUUGCAAAGACAAGUCAAUGAUUUAUAUGAAAAACAAGAUGAAGAGUUAACUUAUUUAGAACAAAACAAUGUUGACAUAGAAAAAGCGGAAGAAGAAAUUUUUCUAAUUCUCCACUUAUAGAUGAAGAAAUUAAAAAAAUCCAAAAACUAUUUGUGAUAAGUCUUUUGCCCGAUAAUAAGGGCCCAACAAUUUAUAUUUAUAUUUUAUAAUGCCAAUUUAGCAUCUUUACUAAUAAUUAUUAUUUGUAUAGAGUUUUUCGCAUCUCUUAGGAGCUAUCCUACUUAAAAUGAAAAUUUUACCUAUAUAUUCCUCAAUCAUUAAGGGAAAGAGUAAGUAGCUUACAUUCUAAAUAA